GUUCUCUGCACUCUAUCGGGGGUCUCCUGCCUGUUUCCCUUGUGUCUUCUUUCCUUUUCUGUGCACCCCGCUAUUUAUUCCUUCCUUCCUUCCUUCUUUCCUUCCUCUGAGCAUUUCUGGGUUCUUAUUUGCUCCUUUUUUUGUAAAUCUCUUAUUACUUUUCUUGGCCAUACAUACGCGCCCGCGCUUUGAAUUUUCUCAGAACUAGCUGUUUCUUGAAAUUUAACUAAUUGCUUUUUCUGGCCGCUGGUUUUGAAAAGCUUGGUCUCUCCUUAGCUUGACUUUCGGAUUUUUUUUCCCUGUCAUGCUUGCUGGAGUUUUCAAGUUCUAGGUAGGGAAAGGCUCGGAUCUGCUGAAAUCCACUACUUCCUCUCUACACCUUUCUGGGAUUCAGUAUUCACAGAGAAAUAGAGGUAGAGAUGGUACGAGGGAAGACCCAGAUGAAGCGUAUAGAGAACGCCACGAGCAGGCAAGUGACCUUCUCAAAGCGCCGUAAUGGGCUGCUCAAGAAGGCCUUUGAACUCUCAGUGCUUUGUGAUGCCGAGGUUGCCCUCAUCAUCUUCUCUCCCAGAGGCAAGCUUUAUGAAUUUGCUAGCUCCAGCAGCUUGCACGAGACUAUUGAACGCUACCGCAAGCAUACCAGGGAUGCUCAAACAGCCAACAGAUCGAGUGAACAAAAUAUGCAGCAUUUGAAGCAAGAAGCAGCAAGCAUGAUGAAGAAAAUUGAGCAUCUUGAGCUCUCAAAAAGGAAACUCUUGGGGGAGGGUUUAGGGUCAUGCUCCAUACAAGAGUUAAAUCAGAUAGAACAACAGUUGGAGAAGAGUGUGAGCACCAUUCGAGCAAGAAAGAAUCAGGUUUACAACGAACAAAUCGAGCAACUAAUAGCAAAGGAAAAAGCCUUAGAAGCUGAAAAUGCAAGGCUCUAUGAGAAGUGUGGUAUACAGCCACAGCAAGAAACAAAUGGUGAGCAGCAGAGAGAAAGCCAACCCUAUGCAGAAAGCAGUCCAAGUUCGGAGGUGGAAACUGAGCUAUUCAUUGGAUUACCAGAAACCAGAGCAAGACGAAGCAUUUUGCCUCCUCUACCUCCAAGGUCUAGUUGAAAAUUUUUAAAACCCUACCUCUGCAAAUAUUAUAUAGGAAAAAAUAAGGGCAAGCCCCAACUGUUUUUCAGCAUUGUACAUCAGAAAUGUCUCUGUCUGUCUGUCUCAUUGGGAUAAGUAAUAAUGGUGAUGACGACUAUGCAAGUGACAUUGCCAUUUUGUUUCGUGACAUUGCUCAUGCCUUGUAAUCUACAGUAUCUUGCACAUUGUAUAUUUGUACUACUUUCCUUGACGUUUUAGAA